CGCUCCGCCGCCGGCGGGUUCCUGCUUCCGUCUCCUCUCGCCGCUCCCCGCCCGCCAGCCCCGCCGCCCCCCCGCCCGGCACCCGUGGCAGCGGCAGCGCGGGCUCCGCCGGCGGCGCCGGCACUCCGAGACUUGCCUAUGCUUCAAAAUGAAAGUGAGGAAGAGGAAUCCCCGGAAGUAUUAAUUUGAACAAUAAUUUUUGCUUGUAAUUACUCAUCUCACUGACUGCUGGAAUAGUGGAAUUACAUGUUAACCUCCAACCUCCAUGAUGCAGUUGUCUUUCCUUCCUUCUGUCAUGGACAGGAACUGUUGGAAGAAUACCAUCUGUUCCUGAUGAAUUGUUAUAUCAAUUUUGUGGAUUUUUGAUUGUCUGAUCUGCUAACACUGUUGUUUGAGACAGACCAACGCUGCCUCUGAUAAAGAAGAUAUCUGAUUUAAUAUAAAUGAAGAAUGAUGCAAUAUUAAUGCUUUCUAUGUACAGCCUUAUAAGAAUCUUCUUUAAGGAGUUGCAGUAAGACAAACACUGAAAAUAAUUUUUCUCUGGUACAAUGUGUUGAAGCAGAGGAGCUGGAAUUGUCCACCUUUGUACAAGCUAAGAAAAUGUUUGCUAUCUUGUGAGUGGAAGCAGCUCUGGAGUGAAUUGAACUUCUGAAAAUGCGGCCAUGGACUGGUUCCUGGCGUUGGAUUAUGCUCAUCCUCUUUGCUUGGGGAACUUUGCUGUUCUAUAUUGGUGGGCACCUGGUACGAGAUAGCGAGCACCCAGACCACUCCAGUCGGGAGCUGUCCAAGAUCCUUGCUAAGCUGGAACGGUUAAAGCAGCAAAAUGAAGACUUAAGGCGCAUGGCAGAAUCUCUCAGGAUACCAGAUGGUCCCAUUGAUCAGGGACCAGCUGCAGGAAAGGUACAUGCUUUAGAGGAGCAACUUCUAAAGGCCAAAGAACAGAUAGAAAACUAUAAGAAGCGGACAGGAGAUGUAGAAGGCCUUGGAAAAGACCAUGAAAUACUGAGAAGGAGGAUUGAAAAUGGGGCUAAGGAACUUUGGUUUUUCCUCCAGAGUGAACUGAAGAAGUUAAAAAAUCUAGAAGGAAGUGAACUGCAAACACGCAUUGAUGAAUUUCUGUCUGAUUUGGGUCAUCAGGAAAGGUCAAUAAUGACCGACUUGUACUACCUCAGUCAAACAGAUGGAGCUGGAGAUUGGCGAGAAAAAGAGGCCAAAGAUCUAACAGAUUUGGUACAGAGAAGAAUAACUUAUUUGCAGAACCCGAAGGAUUGCAGCAAAGCUAAGAAGCUUGUGUGUAACAUCAACAAAGGCUGUGGCUAUGGCUGCCAGCUUCACCACGUGGUGUAUUGCUUCAUGAUCGCCUACGGCACGCAGCGCACACUGAUCCUGGAGUCGCAGAACUGGCGCUACGCCACGGGCGGCUGGGAGACCGUGUUCCGGCCCGUCAGCGAGACCUGCACCGACAGGGCUGGCUCCACCACGGGCCACUGGUCAGGUGAGGCUAAUGAUAAGGAUGUUCAGGUGGUGGAACUUCCCAUUGUUGACAGCUUACACCCACGGCCACCCUAUUUGCCCUUGGCUGUCCCUGAAGACUUGGCUGAUAGACUAAUUCGUGUACAUGGGGAUCCUGCAGUGUGGUGGGUCUCACAGUUUGUGAAAUACUUGAUUCGUCCACAGCCUUGGCUAGAAAAAGAAAUAGAGGAAGCCACAAGGAAACUUGGUUUCAAACAUCCAGUGAUCGGUGUUCACGUCCGAAGGACAGACAAAGUGGGGACGGAGGCAGCCUUUCACCCCAUUGAGGAGUACAUGGUACACGUGGAGGAGCGCUUUGAGCUUCUCGCUCGUAGGAUGCACGUUGAUAAAAAAAGAGUGUAUUUGGCCACAGAUGACCCUUCCUUGCUGCAAGAGGCAAAAUCCAAGUAUCCAAAUUAUGAAUUUAUCAGUGAUAACUCCAUAUCCUGGUCAGCAGGACUCCAUAACCGAUACACUGAAAACUCCCUGAGAGGAGUCAUCCUGGAUAUUCACUUCUUGUCUCAGGCAGACUUCCUGGUCUGUACGUUUUCAUCCCAGGUUUGUCGAGUUGCCUAUGAAAUUAUGCAGACGUUGCAUCCAGAUGCUUCGGCAUAUUUCCAUUCUUUGGAUGAUAUCUACUACUUUGGGGGACAGAAUGCCCACAACCAGAUUGCUAUUUAUGCUCAUCAUCCACGAACUGCUGAUGAAAUUCCUAUGGAACCUGGAGAUAUAAUUGGAGUAGCUGGAAACCACUGGGAUGGUUAUUCAAAAGGCAUCAAUAGGAAAUUAGGAAGAACAGGCCUGUACCCAUCCUAUAAAGUUAAGGAGAAAAUUGAGACAGUCAAGUAUCCUACAUACCCUGAGGCUGACAAGUAGAUUAAAAGGAAGACAUUCAACAGUUAUUAUAACAAACUCAAUAUUGAUUGGUUCAAACCAGUCAACAACACACUAACUAUUGGUUUCUAUGGGAUUUGAAUUUGCAUUUUAUCAUGCGGUUAAAAUCAAAGCCCUUGCAAUGAAACUGGACAAGAAGCUGAGAACAAGUGGAUGGGCUAUUGUCUGAACUUACUCUUAAACAUUUUUGUUAUAUGCACUGUCACACAUGCACACACAAACCCACGUACAACAGGAAAACUGUUGUUUUAUACUUCUUGUCUCUUUUCAGGAGUUGUCCCAGUCAUUAGUCUUACGUGAGCUUUGGGCUCUUUUCUCCGCCAUUAAUUGACAAUAAUGUUCAGACUUAUAACACUGCCACAUUGUGUAAUUUGAGUGACAUGAACAUAUUUUGUAUGUGCAAAAUUUGAAACAUGGUGCCUAUAUUUGAAAAGUUUGUGACCUUUUUAGAAGAGCCAUGCCUGUUUCACAAUGGGCAAGAGUCCACUUUCAUCUGGUGUUACCGUGACCGCUGAACUUGCUUCAAACAAGAGAUUCAGAUUUCAGACUAGAUUUCUUUACAAGUUUGGGUUUUUUUUAGCAUUCCAUUGAUUACUUCUCAUCAUUAAUAAAAUAAAGGUUACAUUCAACAA